AUGCUGACCUCCGUCGAUGGAAUCAAAGGACAAGUCUUCGACUAUAUCAUCAUUGGUGGUGGAACUACUGGUCUCGUUUUAGCGACACGUUUGUCAGAAAACCCAUCGACUUCGGUCCUUGUCUUGGAGGCAGGCAGUGCUCAUAUCGAUGAUGCCAAUCUACUGAUACCUCAACAACGUUGGUUGUUUAUGGGCAAACCUGAAUACGACUGGAGCUUUAAAACUGUCAGUAUCUCCGACUGGGGAAAGGACUCGGAGGCAGUUCCGCAAUCAAUAAUCUCCUCUGGAAUAAGCCAGCGCGCCAACACAUUGAAGGCGAGCUUCAUUUGCCUACAUCAACACCUCCUUAACACACCAACAGCAUGGGGUGCGCUUGGCAACGAUGGCUGGACUUGGGAAAAAUUUCAGGCAUAUUCCAAGAAAUCUGAGAGGUUUGUGGAACCGAACCAUAACACGGAUGUCUUGACGUACGAUACAAAGCUUCACGGGGAGCAGGGCCCCAUCGUCACGUCAUUUCCUCCGCUUAUUUCAAACCUCGAGGCAGAUUUUAGGAAGGCAAUGGAGGCCCACAAUGUCCCGAAUAUUCAAGAUGCAUUCUCCGGGGAGAUCCGCGGAACAUCCCCCUCUCUGUCCAAUUUGGACCCAUCAACGCAUCAUCGAUCUUACGCUACUAACAUGUAUUAUCAACCAGUCGCAGGCCGUACCAACCUACAGGUCAUCGUUGAUGCCUAUGUGACCGAGAUCAUUACAACGAAAGUCAAUGGAUCAAUCACCGCCACUGGCGUCAAAUUUGUCAAAAGCGACAAUACCUACACGGCAAAUGUCGCUGGCGAAGUGUGCCUAACGGCUGGUACAAUUAUGUCUCCAAAGAUACUCGAAUUGUCUGGCAUCGGUGAUCCUGCUGUUCUUCGACGGGCGGAACAUCUAUACACCGGAGUAACCUUCGAGUUGACGGAUCACUUUGUGGGCGAGCAGGAGGUCAAUACCUUUGAUUCUCUCGCCACAAAUCUUGGCAAGCAAAAAGAGCUGUUUGCAUCUGGCAAAGGCACUUUGAACCUCAACACUGUCGACGUCGCGUUCGUUGCGUUAGCUGAUAUCUCACCCGAACUCAAUGCAAAAGUAAUCGCAUCCUUGCAAACUGAGGAGAAGGAUGCAGGACUCGCUGCGCAGUACAAAAUACAAGCAGAGCAUCUUCGGGAGAAGGUCCCUAGUCUCGAAAUCAUACUGGCUCCAGGACCCGCAAAGCCACCCCCGCAGGGGUGGGAUGCCUCGAAGAAGCAUGUUUCACUCUGUUUUGCUACCAACUGUCCGCUUUCUCGUGGAACCAUACAUGUUACAUCCAAAGAUUCGCUUGCGAUUGACCCGCAUGUUUUUGAGAAUAGAUUCGACCUAGACACCAUGGUUGAAUUAGUCAAGUAUUGCAGGAGGUUGGCUCAGACGCCUCCCUUGAAGGGAGAAGGAGAGGGCCGACUCGUAGAAAUUCAUCCCGGACCAGAUUGUCAAGAUGAUGCCGCCAUCGCAGAAUGGAUUUGCAACAAUGUCAACACGACCUUUCAUACUGCUGGUUCAUGUUCCAUGCUUCCGAAGGAAUUGAACGGCGUCGUCGAUCCUCAACUCAAGGUAUGGGGCACUCACAAUAUCAGAGUCGCCGACUUGUCGAUCAUCCCGCUCCAUGUUGGCAGCCACACCCAAUCUGUAGCAUAUGCCCUAGCAGAACAAGCUGCGGACAUCAUCAAGGCGUCCCACGAGAAGUAGUUGAACUCAGCUGGUUUAUGUUGUACAAUAACAAUGGAAUCGUAGUCACAUGUACCUAUAAGCAUACGUCCUGAACAAUCUUUUCAGAACUGUUCUAUUUAGGACGUUAAAGUCGAUGAUAUUCAAAGUGUCUUAA